AUGACGGUUUUGUUGCCAAGUUGUGACCACGCAUCAGUCUGCUUCUCUGUUUCCCCCAACGCGUCCAAGGCACCAUUUCGACCCCGAACUCACCGAGAACGCGCGAGAGCUAUCAAAGCAUCAAGCCCAAAUGAACAAAAGCAAGACCAAGAUUUCUUAAAAGAUGACCCGGAGACAUUUCCCGCUCCUUUGAUGUUACCAGGUGACCAUCUUGCCUCAGAUCCUGAUGCAUAUACCCAGAGCUUUCAAGAGUGGAAAGAUGGGAAACACCGUAAUCCAAUCAUCGCCAGCAGAAGAACAAUCUAUGUCGUGCAGAGUCCAGAAAUCGAUCCUGAAGUCGAGUUCAUGCGUGAAUGGAGCACACCGCUACAUUCUCACAACUUCAAACGAAGAAAUGAUACCAAGCACCCCCAACCAAAUGAUAUCCGAGAUUACCUCGCAGCCUUCUAUCGCGGCCUGGAGGUCAAGAUACUAUCACCUUCGGAUCUAUGUUUCGUAUCCUGGGAACUUGAUCCAUCGAAACGCAAGACUGGCGAAAUUCCCGAGAAAAUCGGCCUCCUAAUCGGCGAUACGUGCCACGGCAUCCGAGCCCGCCCUGCACCAGAUAAUAUCUAUAAAGCCCAGCUAUAUAUCCCCGACCUCCUCACUUCAGCCAGGGACCUUCUCCCCUCAGACGCAUACGCACUCCUCUUCCUGACAAACAUCGACCUUUACGAAGACGAAACUGACAUAUUCACCUGCGGCCGCGCAUACGGCAGUCUACGCGUCGCCGCCGUAUCAACAGCCCGAUACAACCCCACUCUCGACGACACCCACAAUAUCGACCGCCAACAUUCAUGGCCAGCAUCUCACUGCGAAGCAUACAUGACUUCUCACCUCGCCCACGAGCCCAAAAGACCUCGACCCAACACCACCACACGCAGCGCGCAGAUCCAAUCAACCCCGCUAGACCCGCCCACCAGCCCAAUGAAGCGCGCGAUAUCAAAAUAUCGAUCCCUGACGCCCCUUUGGCCGCUCUCGUCGCGAAGAACAGUCGGCCCUCUGGCUCGGAAGAAUAUGUCGCACGGCGAGCCACGAACUAGGACACUGUUUUGGCAUCGCGCAUUGCGUUUAUUAUGCUUGUUCGAUGCAGGGUAG